AUGGCAUCGAUGGCAGUAGGAUUUCAAUCGGAAAGAAAGUUAGAGAACAAGAAUAAGUGGGAUUGGAACUGUGCAGGGGCGCUAUGUACGAGCAACUGGAGAACACAGACUCCUAGGCUGACGUACUAUUCUCUCAGAGGGAUUGAGAGCAAUGAAAACGUAAAAAAAGUGUAUGCAAAAGUGCUCAAAAACGGUAAUAUCGAUGGGAAGAAAGCAGUAAUUUGCUCAAAGCAUUGGUCCUCUGGAAAGCAAGAAAACUUGGAGGACCUUGUUUCUUUGCCAGAGUACGUGCAAAGACUUGAAAACUCAAAAUCUUCUGUAACAAAAAGGGACAAAAAGCUUGUUGCUGCAAAGCGUAUGUUGUAUCAGGGUAGACCUGGUCCAAAAGCAAAGAGACAAUUAUUAGUCAGAACUCAGAAAGAACAGGACUUACCUGAUGCUAGAAGCUCGAUCCAAAUACCACUUGCGAAGUAAAGCAAAAUAAUUUUGAAAGUGAACUUGAUGCACGGCUAGCAGAGAAGGGGAAGGAAAUUACGAAAUUCCAAUGUCAAACAUCUGAAUUGAUAGAGAAACAAAAAACACAAGGGAGCAAAAUCGGUCAAAUUCGUUCUGAAAUGAGGAGAGGGUAGUCCACAUGUACCAGUGUAAAGGAACAACCAAACCAACUUUUUGAUUUGACUGUGUGGGGAAUAGGAAUUAGAAGUCCACACUCUCACAACUUUCACGAGUAGAUUUUUUUUAAAGUAAAUUUUUAGUGACCUACUUUGCAAGUACCGAAAAGUUAUGAAUACAAAAUCAUCUUACAGAGUAUCCUGCUGUUACGGAAAACAUAUCAACUUGAACAAAACUGAUGGGCUAAAAUAUGACCGAUGUUGACAAAUAUAAUCAGGAUAGAUUUUACUGGAAACAAAUGCGGUACAACAACGAAAGGUAUUUAGAAACUUGACAGUUCAAUUAAAAUAAGAUCAAACAUGUAAGUCAGUUACAGACGUAUGCAUCACACACUUGUUAUAGCCUCAUGCCUAUUAUCCAGUUUCCAACACACUCCCCCCAUGUGCUUUUUGCAAGGAAGCACAUGUAAACAGAGGAAACUGAAUCAGUUCGUUAAGUGUUGAAACCUUGAGCAAGGGAAAUAAUAAAUGGCAACGUUCACUCAUGGCUUAAAUCACUCAGUGCCACAGUUUAACGUUGUAGUCUAACACUAUGCUUACUUCUCAAAGUUCUCCGUCUUUAAGAAAGUUGGCAGCUACCACAGCAUCUCGCCGUGGACGGAAAACUGGUGCUUUAGCAUUUAGAUCAGUUGGCGCUGCAGCUCCUUCUGCCACAUUAUGGCAGUUAACUCCAUGGGGUAAAGAUGCUAAAUUGAUCUCUCCAGGGACGUUUUUCCUGCACGUAACUUUACCGCUUGCACUGCUCCAUCUCGGCCCUCAAACAGCUCUUCCAGAAUCCCGAGAGACCACUUUCCACGAUUGUUCCCUUCUGAACAGAUAA